AUGGGGCUGUUUGUUCUCACCUUGCCAAAAAAGGCACUUGGCCGUGGCGAAAAAAGGGGCAAUGGAUUUCUGGCCGCGCGUGGGUUGCGGGAUCCCAGCCACAAGCGGCCGCAAGCGAUGGACACUGUCUUGGUCGCCCUGGCGUUGCCGGGCUGGGCCAAUCGUCUCCGAAAAGCCGCGAGGUCUGAGCCCUUCAGGCAGAUCCUGCACAAUCAUCAGGACGUCCAGUACUUUGCCGAUUUCAAGAUCGGUGGUCAGGGUAUUGCAGCAAUCUUUGACACUGGCUCCUUCGAGAUCGUGGUUCGUAGCUCCAGAUGUAAGCACUGCGUGCACCCCACCACGCCCUACGACCAUGAGCUCAGCAAGACCUACCAGGAGAACGGCACCAUGACGCAGCACGUCUACGGCAGCGGGCCCUGCACCACCAUGCUGGGCUUCGACACUGUGGAGGUUGGCCCACACCUUGUAGCCGCUCAUCAGCCCAUUUGGGAGAUUGUGGAGCAUGAGAUUCCCAUCUUGGACACCGCCAAGUUCGCCGCCAUUGUGGGCAUUGGCCCCAAGUUCGGCUACAACUCCGUGCAGAAGACCUUGCUGAUGAACUACCACGUGGACGAGUUCUCCAUUUGCCUCAACAAGGAGUCGGGACGCCAUGGUUAUCUCACCUGGGGGGCCAAUCGUGUUGCCUGGGAUGCCGGGUCCGUGGCCACGGCCCGGGUCUUUGGGAAACACCACUGGGCCACCAAUCUGACACACAUCUCGGUGUCCAAGGCCAAUGCGAGCUCCGUCUGCCGCAGCGGCUGCGCGGCCAUCGUGGACAGCGGCACCUCGCUGAUCGCGGCGCCGGCAUCGGCGCUGAUGGAACUGGGACAUAUCAUCGGACAGAUCGAGGAGGACUGCUCCAACCUCCACCAGCUGCCGAAUUUAAAGUUCAACUUGGAUGGGCAGGAGCUUGAACUGCCUCCCCAGGCCUAUGUCAUGAGGGUGGUGGGUGCCAGCGUCGAAGCCGAUAGCAUUUGGGACCUGCUGUUCUUCAAGCCCAAGAUCCGUAAGGUGGAUUCCUGCAUGCCUGCCUUCAUGGAGAUGGACAUGCAAACGCAGCUGGGGGACGUGUGGAUUUUGGGCAUGCCCUUCUUUCGUUAUUACCACACCACCUUCAAUCGCGAGAGGCAGGUCAUGCAGUUCGCCAAAGCGGGUGAUGAUUGUGAACCCAAGUCCCUGAAGGCGCGUGAAGAUGGUGAGAACCUGGUGGGUUUCGCCUCCAGCGGCGCCACGGACGCGGCAUAUCGUCCGAUGGAGAUCGAUCUGAAGCAGGUCUUGCCCCCGCGCUUCGCGCUGCAGUACAGCACCGUGGAUGACGUUGAAGAAGUCUCCAGUCGUCUCCAAGCGAGAGAAAAUGCACCGACCGAAGGGCGCCACGAAGAAGAUAUCCAGCUCUUGGUUUGUGAAAUGUGGAUAAUUAACAUCCUGGCGCCGAUGGCAGCUUUGGCACGUCGCUGUUUCGCAAAUCGCUGCGAUGACCGGGCGCUGCUGGCUGACGUUGUGGAUGGGGCACUCACGCCAGGUGCUUGUGCUGAACUGCAGCAGUGGGAAAAGCAAAUCAUGGAGUUGAUCAGCAGCAACUUCCCCAGAGCCUGCAACAACGAGAGUGUCUACACAGGCGGCCCCGGCGUGGCUUACGCCCUGCUCCGUGUGGCGCAGCUCAGCGGCGAUUCCGCGGCGCUGGAUGCGGCGCAACGCUUCCUGGAGCCCUGGACGGGACGCGUGGCGCAACAGGCGAAGAAACAUCCAGACCUUGGCUGUUCGUUGCUCUGCGGCCAAGCGGGUUUUCUACUCACUGCGGCGCAGUUGGCACGCGCCCGAAACGCCAACCCCAAGCCGGCGAUGCAGGAGUACGUCGCUUUGGCACAGAUCGCGGUGCAACCGCGCCUGGAUUCGGACGAAUGGCUGUACGGUCGUGCGGGCUACUUGCACGGCUGCCUCGUCUUACAGGCCAUGGAGGACAGUGCGGAGCUUCGACGUUGCAUCCAGGAGAUCGCUGAAGUGAUGCUCCAGCGUGGGGUGAGCUAUGCAAGGCAGCUGCGCAGCAGCAAACCUCCCCCGGUGAUGUGGGAAUGGUACCGUGACCGCUAUAUGGGCGCAGCGCAUGGUGUCAUGGGCAUCAUCUUCAUGUUGCUGCAUGUGCCCAGCAUGAGGGAGGGACAGAACCUGGAGACUCUGCGGAAGGCGCUGCACUGGCUGGGAAGCAUGAGGGAAUCCACUGGCAACUGGCCAGUGGUGUUUGGUGAGGGCGGCGGCGAUUGCAUUCACUUCUGCCAUGGUGCGACAGGCGCGGUGCUGCUGUUCUGCAAGGCAUACGAGCUUUUGAAAGAAGAUCAGUGGCUGGCGAUGGCUAAGGAUGCAGGAGAAGUCGUCUGGAAGUAUGGCCUACUGAAGAAAGGCCCUGGCAUUUGCCACGGCAUCGCGGGAAACGGCUACAGCUUCCUGACCUUGUACCGGGUGACGGAGGACGUCAGGUGGCUGGGGCGCGCGCAUCACUUUGCUCGGCAGAUGUUUUCAGAGGAGGUGCAGAAGCAGUCGCGCACUCCUGACAAUCCAUUUUCCCUUUUCGAAGGAUUGGCCGGCACCCUGUGCUUCCUGAUGGAUUUGCGCCUCAGACCAAAGGCCGCCGCCUUUCCACUCUUCGAGCUGGAGAUCAUCCCAUGAAAUCCGCUUGGAGAGCUGGUGGUAGAUCUAUCGAACUAUAUAGUUUAAUGCUUUUUAAGAACAACCAUUGCAGCAAAGAAAU